CAGAAUUGCUAUUUAUAGUUUAAAACCUGCACAUUAAACCGUCACCUUCCUGUAUUUAGCUUACAGGAGUGGAGCCCUAUGUUGUCUUUGGUUGUUAAAGCCUUUACACUAAAAGAGACACUUCAACAACAGAAUUCACCAGAGGAUAUUUCACUGAAGUGCAGUUUACUUUCUAAACCACUGAUAUGUCAGAGAAGCUACAUGGGUGUUAAUGUGUGACCGGAGACUUGGCAGAGGAGUGGCGAGUGUGCAUGAACACACACACACACACACACACACACACACACACACACACACACACACCAAACACUCGGAGAACCACUAGACUCUAAGAGGAACAGCAGUACACAUCUAUCUGCAGUUCUCCUGAAAAAGGUCUGUUCCAGGAUGAAAGCUUCUAAAGACGCCACCAUAUUUAUUGACCUGAGCUUUCUUUCUUCUGAGGAGGAAGCGGUUAUUCACAAAGUGCUUCUCAGAGACGAGGAUUUGAAAAAGCACGAGAUUGGACGUGUAAGGAAGCUGAGGGAGUUGGUCCCAGACCCCAAGGAGCUGAAGGUUUUAUCAGGCGAAUGGUUCGAAGAUCUCAAGUCAAAGCGCUACGGACGCCAGCCGCACGUCUCGGCCGUAGUCCGCUCAUCUAUGAGAUGGAAGAAAUCAGCAGACCAUAAACCGAAUCCCUUCCUGAAUGCUGUGCUCGAGGAUAAAGAUGAUGAAAAGAACAAGACUCGCCCAGAUGUAUCUACUGACCCCCGAUUGAUCCACCCAGCUCUCAGUGUGCAGGUGCAGCAGGAAAACAAAGAUGAAGCCAUAAUUUUAGAAGAGCCCCCUGGAGUUAAACCAAAUAGUCCUGUCUUUAAAGUCAUUGAAGCAGGAUGUCAAUCAGGACCACAAAUUCAAGAACAAUCACCUCUUGUUGAACCUCCGAAACUAGAGUCUAUGCAGGAGCUGAAGAUAAAACCUGCCUUUACAAAUGAAAUCAAUACAAAUACCUCGGGUACCGAUAAAACAACGCUGAAAGAGGAUUUGAUUGUGGAGACCAGGUUGGAGACCAGACCCAAACAGACAGAUGAAAAUACGUCUAGAAAUUUCGAGAUACGGCCUUUUAGCAAAGCACAGGAAACCUCAAAUUGGGAAAUAUGUCAAUUUGGCAGUGAAGCUGAUGAGUCCAAAGAGCCCCAGUCAAAAGUUGAGGUUGUCAAAAUCAACUCUAUCAACAGUACAGAAACAAAACAGAGCAGAAAGCAGAACAAUCCCAGACCCGAAAUGGUGAUGAACUCUGGAUUUGCAUUCAAAGAAGAAUUUCCAUCUCCGAUACCAAAGAGAAGAUCUGGUAACAAAAUCAGUGUCAUGAACAUCACCACAAAGCAAACAACUCCAGCAAGGAUAGAAGAGUUAAGUAGAGAUUUAAACAGAAAGGACGAUCCAGGUAUACUUGAGAAUUCAAAAAUAGAUCCAGUUUAUAAUGUAAACACACCGGAGCAAGAAAAGAAACAGCCUGUCCAGGAAAUCAUAGUCACCGACUUUAGACAAAGAUCUCCAACCAAGAUGGAGAAGAUAAGUAUUGAUUUAGAUGUAGAAAAGAAUCCAGAUUUUCGUGAAGGCUCAGUUAAUAAUGUGAACACACCAAAAUGUUCCAUUUUGAAUCAGAGUUUAGAUCCAGUGCAGAAAGGAAAUGAAAGAGUUGCUGAGGAAAUCAUAGUCACUGACUUUAAACAAAGCUCUCCAACAAAGAUGAUGGAAUUAAGUAUUGAUUUAGAUGUGGAAAAGAAUCCAGAUUUUCUCGAAGGCGCAGUUAAUAAUGUGAACACACCGCGUGUUAACUGGGACCAAAAGAGUUUAGAUCCAGUACAGAAAGGAAAGGAAAGAUCUGCUGAAGAAAUUGUGACCGUUGGCUUCAGACAAAGAUCUCCAACAAAGAUGGAGGAGUUAAGUAUUGAUUUAGAUGUGGAAAAGAAUCCAGAUUCUUGUGAAGGCCCGGUUAACACACCAAAAUUUGUUAACUGGGACCAAAAGAGUUUAGAUCCAGUACAGAAAGGAAAGGAAAGGUCUGUUGAAGAAAUUGUGACCGUUGGCUUCAAACAAAGAUCUCCAACAAAGAUGGAGGAGUUAAGUAUUGAUUUAAAUAUGGAAAAGAAUCCAGAUUUUAUUGAAGGCCCAAUUAAUAAUGUAAACACACCAAAUAUUGCCAAUUUGGACCAGAGUUUAGAUCCAGUGCAAAAAGGAAAUGAAAGAGUUGUUGAGGAAGUCCUAGUCACCGACUUUAAAAAAAGAUCUCCAACAAAGGAGGAAUUAAUUGUUGAUUUAAACGUGGAAGCAACUACAGACUUUGUGGAGGAUUUAAACACGGGACCAGUUCACGAGGACGUCCAUAAAAAUGUGAAUAGAUUAAAGGACACUGACCGAGAUGAGCUGCAAGAAUCAGUUGCUGGAGGAAAAGGAGUCUUUGAUGUGGAAUUGAGGAAGUCUGCAAACACUAAUCAAAAGGAUUCAGUGGAGAUUGAAGAAAUCGGUGAAACAGAACGAGAAGGUUGUUUUCUAGACAGGGAGGAUGAAUGUUGGAUCUCUGAAAGCGAUAUUUUAGCCAGCGUUUAUGCGCGUGCCAUUAGGCCCAAAUCAGGUGUGUCGAAAACAACUUUGGCACAAGAGUCAGCCCAAACGUCUGCAGACGUGAUUCCGACUAUAGUGAUCAUGCCGUCUGAAUCUGAAGAGAUGAAAGAAGUGAGGCCUGUAAAGAAUGAGACGCCCGGCCCUGAAGCACUUGUUGAGGUCGGAAAACCUGGCACAGAUACCUGGGAGGAUGAAGGAGUGGAUUCGGACGAAGACAGCAGCUCAGCGUCCAGCCACGACUCAGAUUUGUCAUUAAAAAGGGGCCCGUUUUCCGCCAGUACACUUUCUGUUACAGAGCGCACUGCCAGUCUGCUGAGCGUCUACAGCGAUGCCGGAGACUUCGGGAGCAUAGCUGUGCAGGGAUCGGUGGAGUUCGCUAUAAUGUACAGUCCUCUUGGAGAGCUUGUCAUUAUGGUGGAGCAGUGUCAGGAUCUGGCCAUCGCAAACCCACGCAAACAACGCACAGACCCAUACGUGAAGACGUACCUCUAUCCAGACAAGAGAAGCAAGAGGAAAACUUCCAUCAAGAAGCGUACAGUGAAUCCAGUCUAUGUUGAAUCGUUAAGAUAUAAAGUAAAACGUGAAGAAUUACAUGGAAAAACUCUGAAUUUAUCCGUAUGGCACAAUGACUCCCGGGGCAGAAAUGCCUUUUUGGGUCAGGUUGAGAUCAAUCUGAAGCACUGGGACUGGAAACAUGAGGCGCUCACAUGGUACAACCUCCAACCAAAGAAUGUAGAUAAUCAGGAGUCGCAGGAAUAUCGAGGCGUUUUAUGUGUCUCGCUGAAAUACAUGCCAUCGGAAGCCACAGGAGGGUCUAAACUCAGCCAGGCUAAGGGAGAGAUUCACAUCUGGCUUCGUGAGGCGAGGCAUCUGCGUCGUCUGAAGGCCCAAGGAGUCGACUCCUUCGUCAAGUGCUACAUGUUACCCGACACAAGUAAGAAGAGUCGCCAGAAGACCCGCGUGAUUAAGAAGACGCAAGACCCUGUGUAUAACCACACCAUGGUGUACGACGGCUUCAGGGCAGGGGAGGUGGGGGAGGCCUGCUGUGAGCUCACCGUGUGGGACAACAACAAACUCUCCAAUCAGUUCCUCGGAGGAGUGCGGCUCAGCCUCGGCACAGGUCAAAGUUAUGGGAAGAAAGUUGACUGGAUGGAUUCAGAGAAUGACGAAGUGGAGAUCUGGAAAAAAAUGAUGGCUAGUCCAAACAGCUGGGUUGAGGCAGAGCUUCCGCUCAGGGCUUCCAUGACUCCCAGGAAGUGAGACAGACACUUAAGACCAGCAACAACUGUGUGUGUGGAUAAUUACAUUUUAUAUAUAUAUAUAUAUAUAUUUCCAGACAGUUGAUUAGAUUCUAAUUAUCUUUGUACAUAGUCUAAUUCUUUAAAGAAUAGAAUUAUCUGAGCAGAUUUGAGUUGAAAUCCAACACAAAACCAUCACUGGGCAGAUUCCUUAAGCAGCUGCAUAUCAGCAGCUGAGUGGACAAUGCUAAGUGGAUGUGGACAGAUUUGUGUGUAAAAUGAUUAAAUGUGGAUGCGAAAUACAAAUUGCUGUAACAUUUUUCAAUGAAGUUAGAAUCCGAUUCUAUUCAAAUAAAAUAAUUGUUUAGGAAUUUUUUUUGUUUCCCUUCGGUGAAGUUUUCUUGAAUACAGUCAUGAAUAAAUUGGUGUAAGGUGCACCUCUGUCCAGCUGAAUGAUUUACAAGU